CCGGGCAGACGUCGUUCGGCCGUGCAGCGGGACGGAUGUGCUCACCAUCGUCGCCGCGAGUGCCGCGACUCGACGCAGUAUUCCCGCGUCUCGCGAACCGUGUCGACCGUGCGAAAUCUAUUUUUCUCUCUCUCCCUUCGCGCGCGCGUUGCCGCGCGAAUCAGUGAAACACGGAAGCGGUCCCGAGGACGACGCCGGAGCCCGACGGCGCGCGCGGCGUCUCGCGCCCGUGGAGAAAUUUCAUCCCCUUCGCGAGUCGGGUCGCGCUCCCGCGGCCCCCAGCAUCGGCAGAGGUGGCGUGGGGCACAGCCGUGAUGGAAUUGCAGAGCUGGUUGCUCUAUCACUUAGUGGCCGUCACCGACUGCAAUCAAGUGAUGCAGUCGGCAAACACAAUCGGAAGUGGCGGCGGCGGGGGCGGAGGCGGUGGAUCGUAUAAUGCCGGUGGCGGGAACGUAAGUCGCACUCGGGAUUUAGGAUUGCGCGCCCAGAAGAAGCUUCUCGGACGCAUAGUGUCCACCAAUGCAGGCCGGUCGCUCUUCAUCGACGACGCCACGACGUCGUUGCUCGAUAAUCUGUACAAAUUGAUGGAGAGCGUCGCCAAGAGCAAUCCGCACUUGGACAAGAAGGAGCCCGAGAAGGUCCUUAAGAACAUCAUCAAAUUGUCCAUCAAGAUCGGACUCGUGCAGCGCAGUCAUCAAUUUCGUCCGAACGACGCCGAGAAGCUGGAGGAGAUCCGGGAGGCUCUGGGGACAGUGGCGAUGACUGUCGUGUCGUUCUACGAGGUGGAUUACAGUUACGACCAGGAGUACCUGACGGGCUCGAUGGAACGUUGCCGAACGUUGCUGCAGCAGCUGAUAAAGCCGCACCUCACGGACAAGUCGUCGCAGCGUUGCGACCAGGUGUUCGACUUCCUGGCGUACCCCAAAUUCUUGGACUCGGUGUUCCGAUAUAACUCCGAGCACAGACCCAUCCUCGGCAUGCUAGUCAGUGACCUCAACAAGGCGUUGGACGCCAGGCGGCUUUGAUUCUACAAAAAUGAUAUUCGCGUAACGUUAAUAAGAAGGAAUCGACGGCCGAUUACGCGGUCUGAUCGCCGGCAAAAUUACCGUCCCCUUCGGCAACGGCGGUCUCGCGAUCGCGAUCGAUGACGGGUCAAUCGAACGUAGCGAAUGACCCGCUGGACACGCGCGCGCUUCGUUGCACUUUAUUUCACGGCGAGUAGACAACGUGCUGCAUACUUUCAGUGUGACGACAGUAUAGUUUCUUGUAGCAGUAGAUUGAAAAAACGUUUCUUGCUCGCCCCUAUCCAGUAGCUGGGUCGAGAUAUCCGGUGCGGACCACUCGCUCACUGAUUUAUGCAAUAAUUGUCUAAUACUCCGCUUAUUUUAAGGGCGCAGCCUCACCUGUAUUGCGCAAUUGGUGUAUUAUAUAUUUAUAUGCAGGAUACCGAUUAUUAUACCAAAAAAAGGAGUAUAACGAGCUUAUUAUAUAUGGGAGACGACAGAAAAUGAAAUGUUAAUCCUGAAGCCAUUUUUCGUACACAGUUCUAAACUGCAUAUUGAAGUCUAACUCGACUUAAUACUUAACUUUUGUUUAUCUUCAUUGAUUUACACACAAGCGGAAAAUUAUUCCAAUUUCUUUCAUUUGGAUAUAAAAGUUUAUUUUUUAUUCUAUUUUAAUUUAUCAUAUAAAAUUUUCAAUUUAGAUUUAAUUUUUAUUGUGUAUGAUGAAUUCUAUUCGCACAAUGUGAAGCUAUGUAAUUACAGUAUACAAUACACUGAGAUAAUUAAAAUUAGCGAUUUUUAAAAUGUUUCAAAGCCAGAGAUCAAAGCCGGAGUUAGACUUUAAUUUGCGAAUAUAAAGAAUUCUCAAGCGAAAUUAUAAAAUCCUGUUGCAAAAACAGGUUUGUGUUUACCAUGCGUCGCGAUAAGUGCAAAAAGUAAGGGGAAAACAUUUUCGAAAAUUGCUAAGGUACAUACGCCGACCAAUAGCCCGACUAAAUAUCUAUGUAAACAUGUAAAGCAGAUGGUCUUUCCCAUUUUAAACCGUGUGACUAGUACUGUCGCGUGCAAUAAUAGUAGAUUGCGCGAACGAGGAAUUUCCUUCGUCUCUCAUGUCGAGCUGAAAGUCACGCGACACACCCUUGUGCUCUAUACAAUUUCUCAUUUCUGCGGUUUUCUCUUUAGAUACAUUACUGCUGGGACAGUCGGUUUUGAACCUUAAAAAACAGCAUUAUAUUUAAUUAUUUAAUAUAUAUUUUUAAAAAGUUAAAAUUUCAUAAUGUUAAGAAAAAUGCGCUAGAUAUAUUCGCGAAUAUUUUAGCGGAUAUUUUAGAUUUACGGAUAAGUUAGAUUUUAUUGCGCCACGAUACGUUACGAUUUCUCUUCGGUUUCGCAAAGUGUGAAUCUCCUCAAGAAGGAUAAGAGUAAAUGUUGGUCAUCUUCUCGUGUACGCGCAGUGAGACGCACGCGUUGCGAAAGUUUCGGGACUUGUGCGUCGCAACGGACACAAUCCACUAUUAGCGCUAUUGCUUAUAUACGUACACUUUUUUACAACACACUCGACAGAAAAGAAACAAUUUCUACAUAUCUGAUUUCAUCGCGAUUUGAUCCCAAUGAUCAUUAGCAUAGGACAUCAUAGAAGAAAAAAAAAGAAAAGGGACAUUUAUUAAACAUUUCGCGCCUUUUGUACGCGGUGUACACCCACUUUACACGUUAUUUGUGAUGAUUGUCAAUAUUAAGAGAUGUAUUGGUACUAUGCCAUUAAUAAAUUAUUAACAAACAUCA